GAGGGGGGGCAAUACCAGCCUCCAUGAAUAGGCCGCAAAAUGGCUCCAGUCAUUUUCACCUACGAAAAACAAGUGUGGAUAUUUUGGUGAACCCGAAAACUUUUCAAUGUAUAACAACAACCGAGUGAAAAGAAGACCAUCCCCCUAUGAAGUGGAGCUCUCUGAUGGCCCUCACACAAAAGUGGUCCGUCGAAUAUUCACAAACAGCCGCGAGAGAUGGAGGCAGCAGAAUGUCAAUGGAGCUUUUGCUGAGCUUCGGAAGCUCAUCCCAACUCACCCACCGGACAAAAAGCUCAGCAAGAAUGAAAUAUUACGCCUGGCUAUGAAAUACAUCAACUUCUUGGCCAAACUGCUCAAUGACCAAGAAGAGGAAGGGAACCAGAGGGGUAAAGUAAACAAAGAGACUGGCAUAGUGCAAGAAGACCUUCUUCAGGACAUGUUGUCCCCAAAUUCAAGCUGUGAAAGCUCAUUAGAUGGAGCAGGAAGCCCAGACAGUUUCACGGAGGAACAUGAAACAUUAGAUCCUAAGCAUACAAGAGGCCUCCAUCAUUCCCUUCUUCCCAUCGAGAACAAUGCCCAGCGAUGAUGAACCAGCACAGAGCAUCCCAGAACACCUGAUAUCUGGAUUGUAUGCAUGUCCUCCCUUUCUUCUUCCUUCUUUAUCUAAGACAGAGCGAAUAAGGGGUACCUAUAAAGAAUGAGCAUCCAGGUGUACAGAACAAUUUCCUGCUUAUGUCACCAAUGAAACAUAGGUCUUGCUAGUUGCAUUUUUGAAAAGUUUAAUACAGAAGGGCUGAAAUAUGCAGGCAGCUCAUUUUGUGUUUGUUCGAGGUUUACAAAAGGAUUGAACUGAGACUUCAUCCUUCUGCUCUUGUUUUCCCUUGUCUCCCAGCUGUUUGGACCCAAGCUUCUUCAGUUCUGUGUGGCUAUUGACAUUGAAAUUUUUUCAUGUUGUAUGGUGUUCUUUUUCAGGUAUCUAUGAGGAAAUGUACGGAACUUAUUUACCUUCACACCAGAGCUUUGGUGAAGUACUAUUUGUGAGCAAAACAUAAUUUUCAUUCUGGCUUUUUGUUUUCUUUUUUCUUUUUUUUAAAAAACUCCAUUCAUUUUACACAGGUUUGAAUUGUUUGAGGUAUUUCUGAUGUGGAUUUAAAAGAAAUUCUAAUGUGCACUAUUUGCUGAACAAUAAAGGUACACCAUUUAAGAUUUAUUUCUCAACUUUUGACAUUUUAUCAGAGGGAUGUUUCCUUCAAGCAUUGGCUGAGGUGUUACCUUCAGUUUCCCUGGUUUUAUUUUGUCCUGACAAAAGUGUAAUGAGAAAUGUUGUUUGUGUGUAUUUAUAUGUAAGGCUGGUACAAACAAUGUUUCAGUAAUGCACUUUGACUUGCUUAGAUUUACAUAUAUUAAGGUGAUAAUAAGGCACAAUCCAACUGGAGCUUCUUCUUCACAAGAUCCAAGGAAAUAAAUGGCAAAUCUCCAUGGAAAACCCAUAGAAAGUUGUAUGUUACAUGGUUAUUUAAUAAAUUUGGUACAUGUUGAUUGCUCCGAAUUAUACUAUGCUCCAUAUAUAGGAGUUUUUGCAGAAGAAGCUCCUGGAGGACAAUGCUCAAGUGGUACUUUUCUUUCCAAAAGUAGCUUGGGUCCAGAAUGAAUUUGCAUUCUGUUGGGUAUUGUAAUUCUAUGAACAGUGGUAUAUGCAGCAAACCAUGAUGAUGCCAAAACAACAAUAUGAACAUGAUGUUGCAUUAUGCAAAUGUGUCAUGUUGUUCUAUUGUUCCAAUGUCUGAUACAAGUAUGUUAGCCACAGUUGUGUGAUGACAGUGUCACACGGUUUUGUCAAUUCCCUUCCUUGCUUCUCUGCAGUUGCCUAAGUGUCUGUUUUCUGUGCCAUGCACUCUCUCUCUCUCUCUCUCUCUCUCUCUCUCCCUCC